AUGUGUAUGUGUGUGGGUGUAUUUGCACAAGCAUGCAGGUGCCCAAGGCCAAGACAUCAGGUCCCUGAACUGGAAUUCCAGGAGGUUGUGAGCCACCUCAUGUCUGUGCUGGGAACUGAACUCAGAUCCUCUACAAAAGCAGUAUGUGCCAUUAACCCUGAUUCAUACCUCUAGCUCUCUAAAAGUAAUUUUUUCAAAAGAAGGAGGAUCAGGAGGAAGAGAAGAAAGGAAGGAAGGAAGAAAGCGAGCCUUGCUGAGGAUGUUUUUCUACUGAAGGUAUUUCAGCUUUUGAACGAGGCAGGGGCAGCCAAGGUCUCAUCAGGUCCAGAGGGAAGCCCCAAGCAGAGGUCGGCGAGGGAGAAAGGGAGGCUCCUAUUCUAAGCCUCCACAUUCCUCUACUUGAGCCUGAGCCAAGCCACACACAGCACAUCUGGGGCCUACCCCGCCCAAGGCAUGAAGCCAUUGCCCCUUCUUCAGCUCUGGCCAGUUUCAGCCUUUGUCCUGACUGUUCCCAACCCCGGGCCUCCCACCCUUCUUGGCUAAUCUGGGUACUCGACCACGAGUGUCUCCCCAGGGCAGGCCCAGAGGCCUUGCCCCAUCUCUGUCUCAUCUUUUCAGGUCCUCACUUGCCCAUCAGGGUGCCCUGUUUGGCUUGGAAGAGGGGGUGCUGGCGGGCUGGCAGCUCCCCAUAACCAUAGCCUUUCAUGCGCUGUCCCCUCCUUUCCUGGCCUCUGGUGCCUCUGCCUCUGGCCUUUCAGGGGUGGAAAAAAGAACUUGGGGGAACAUGGGGUGAGGAGAGCUAGCCGGAAACUGGAGCCUGGUGCCCUUUGCUGACCACACCCAGAGAUUCCUUUCUGGAGCCCCACAAGCUGGACUUGGAAGAGAUUGAGCCACCUCCCGGGUUCCUCCCCUCUAGGGUCCUGAGCUGGAAGAAAGGCGCCUUUGCUGGGCCUGAAACACCAGACCCUCAGCCAGGGCAGCGAUCCCAGCCCUAUUGUCUUCGCCGGUUCAGCAGCCAAGGCAUCGCCCAGAUGCCUGCAGCAAAGGCCACUCUUCAGCUCCAGCAGCCCUGCUUCCUGGUGGUCUCACCACAUGGCUCCCUGCUGCCCCAUGGAUGGGAUUCUUUGUGUUGCUGGAAUUCCCAUCUUGUAAGGGCAUGAAGUGGCAUGGCCCCUGGCCAGGAAGCCCUGAGUACUGGGUCAGUGGGAGGGGUAGGGUUAGGUCAGAGGCAGCAGAGAGCCUUCCCAGCCCCCAGUCAGUGUCCAGGAACUUCUUGCUGCCCGGCACCCAAGCUUGCUUUGGGACACUCUUGUCCUGUAGGACGUCACCUGUGUGCAACUGUAGCCUCCUCAGUUUAGGUUUCUGUGCCUCUCUCCCGGGCAAAGAGGGAUGGCCAGGGCCCUGAGAUAAAACUCAGAAUCAGGCUCCCUCUGCCCUCAGUUUCCCUUCUGGGCGGGCUUGUGUGAUGGCAGGUCAUGCCUGCCCUUCUCAGGUCAGAGCCACUUGGUGCUCAUUAGCCCCGGGAGUCGUCCCUGCCCCUCGUGCCUGCUCCACAAGCAGAUGCCGAGCCCCUAGGACCUUCUGAGCCUCCAGCCAAGACCCAGCAGUUGAAACUUAGUUCUCUCGGCAAAGAGCUCCGGCUUGCUUUUCCCAGGCCAGGGACAAAUUUGGCUCCGAGGGCGCAGCACUCUCCAAGCAAGGCUGCCUAGCAACCAGUCCAGCCAAUCCCCAACACCAGGUAUCCUUCUCUCACGACUCCCCAGGACCGAGCUGGCCACACUCUUUGCCCGGGAAGGAGGACCGUGGCUGAGAGCUGUAGGGAGAUUCAGCCAAGAGCCUGAGAGAGAAGGGGUGGUGCGGCUGAGUCACCCCGCACCUCUUCAGUCACCUGCGCGCCUUCGGAAGGGGCAGGGCCGACUUUGGGCUGGUCCCGCGGUGGGUGGGCCUUCAUGUGGGCGGGCCUCCUGCAGCCCCGCCCCGGCACCUAACCCUGGGCCACGGGCCACCCAGGCCUCCCCGCUGCUCGCUGUCCCGGGUCCCUGCGGUGUUCUCCGGCGCGCUCCCAUGGCCGGAAAGUUGCUGUCACUGCUGCCACCCCUGCUGCUGGCUGCGGUGGGUCUCGCCGGCCUCCUGCUGCUGUGCGUUCCUACCCAAGACGUCCGGGAGCCGCCCGCCCUCAAGUACGGCAUCGUUCUGGAUGCUGGCUCUUCGCACACAUCCAUGUUUGUGUACAAGUGGCCGGCGGACAAAGAGAACGACACAGGCAUUGUGGGUCAGCACAGCUCUUGUGAUGUUCAAGGUGGGGGCAUCUCCAGCUACGCAAAUGACCCUUCUAGGGCGGGCCAGAGUCUGGUUGAAUGUCUUGAACAGGCACUUCGGGAUGUGCCCAAAGACAGACAUGCCAGCACACCGCUCUACCUGGGAGCCACAGCAGGCAUGCGCCUACUCAACCUGACCAGCCCAGAGGCCACAGCCAGGGUGCUUGAGGCAGUGACAGAGACGCUCACACAGUACCCUUUUGACUUCCGUGGUGCUCGAAUCCUCUCGGGACAGGAUGAAGGGGUGUUUGGCUGGGUGACUGCCAAUUACCUGCUGGAGAACUUCAUCAAGUACGGCUGGGUGGGCCGGUGGGUCCGGCCGAGGAAGGGAACUCUGGGGGCCAUGGACCUUGGGGGUGCCUCAACACAGAUCACCUUUGAGACAACCGGCCCAUCUGAAGAUCCAGACAAUGAGGUCCAUCUGCGGCUCUAUGGCCAGCACUACCGUGUCUACACCCACAGCUUCCUCUGCUAUGGCCGAGACCAGGUUCUUCAGAGGCUGCUGGCCAGUGCCCUCCAGACCCACCACUUCCACCCCUGCUGGCCAAAGGGCUACUCCACCCAAGUGCUGCUCCAGGAAGUCUACCAAUCACCAUGCACUCUGGGCCAGCGUCCUCGGACCUUCAAUGGCAGUACCCUUGUCAGAGUCGCGGGGACCAGCAGCCCUGCCCUCUGCCGUGACCUGGUCUCUGGGCUCUUCAACUUCUCCUCCUGCCCCUUUUCCCAAUGCUCCUUCAACGGGGUCUUCCAGCCCCCUGUGACUGGGAACUUCAUAGCCUUUUCUGCUUUCUACUACACUGUGGACUUCCUGAGGACGGUGAUGGAGCUGCCUGUGGGAACCUUGCAGCAGCUGGAGGCAGCCACGGAGAUCGUCUGCAACCAGACCUGGGCUGAGCUCCAGGCUCGAGUGCCAGGGCAGCAGGCCCGCCUGGCUGACUACUGCGCCGGAGCCAUGUUCAUACAGCAGCUUCUAAGCCGCGGCUACCGCUUCGAUGAGCGCUCUUUCAGCGGAGUGGUCUUCCAAAAGAAGGCCGCAGACACGGCUGUCGGCUGGGCGCUGGGCUACAUGCUGAAUUUGACCAACCUGAUUCCGGCUGACCUUCCGAGACUACGUAAGGGAACUCACUUCAGCUCCUGGGUCGCUCUCCUCCUGCUCUUCGCGGUCCUGCUCUUGGCGGCGCUGGUCCUGGUCCUGCGUCAGGUGCGCUCCGCCAAGUCGCCCGGCGCCCUCUAGGGGUGCACUGGGAGCUGCUCGCAACCCCCAGGACACCUCUGACACUGAGUCAGCCUGGGGAUCGACAUCUACAGUCACAGAAAGCCUUGGUAGGCCCCUGCAGGCUUCUCCAGCCCCGAGUUCUCAAGUAUUUCUUCCCUCUCUCUCUCCCUGGGGUGUCAGGUCUCAGCCUGUGACUCAGGGUGAGGUCCGUUCAGAGAGGGACCUUUGUUCUGAUCUUCAGGGCCCUGGAACUUCCUGUGCAUAGUCUGGGCCUUUAGAAAGGCAGCCACCAGAGCCUACAGGCUAGGAGUCAGUUCAAUGCCUACUUGUAAAAAUUUUGUAAUAAAAGAUUUUUCCUAAAGCA